AAAUUAAUUUCUAAGUUUUAUAUAAAAAGAUGGCAAAAUUAAAUGUUAGCUAUCAAUCUCCAUUUUGGUUUCAUUGGAUUUUGAACGUACAAGUUCGUUCGAGACGGCAACUAAUAUGAAGGUUUUCGUUUGUCUUAUGGCCAUUUGUGCCGUUGCUAAUGCUGGCUUCCUAUUCGGAGGAGGCGGCGGUGUUGGUGGUGGCGGCUACGGUGGCGGCGGUGGCUAUGGUGGUGGCGGCGGCUAUGGUGGUGGCCAUGGAGGCGGCUAUGGUGGCGGCCAUGGAGGCGGCUAUGGCGGUGGUCACGGUGGCGGUGUGUCCGUCAUUAAAGUAAUUUCUGACGGUGGUGCCGGUGGCGGCUAUGGCGGCGGCUUUGGCGGCGGUUAUGGCGGUGGCUACGGCGGUGGUGGCGGCUAUGGCGGUGGCCAUGCUGAUGUCGGCGAAGUCAAGGUCAUCAAGGUCAUUUCCCAAGGACACGGUGGUGGUCAUGGUGGCGGCUUUGGCGGCGGUUAUGGCGGUGGUUUUGGUGGCGGUUAUGGCGGUGGUCACGGUGGCGGCUAUGGCGGCGGUCACGGUGGCGGUGUCGGUCACGUCAAAAUCAUCAAGGUCAUCUCCGAAGGCGGCGGCUACGGUGGUGGUUACGGCGGCGGUUAUGGCGGUGGUCAUGGCGGUUGGGCCGAUUAAGUUCCUACUUACUGUUUAGCCAAUUUGUAUAUAUGUAUAUGUCCUGUCAAACGAAACCUUUCUAAGACGGCUAACUGUCUUGAACAGCUUCAUUUUUUCUGAAGUUGUAAUGUUAUAUUUAUAAAAUAAAGUUUUCUUGUUAUUAACCAAAAA